GGUUUUAAAAACCUUGAUCAGGAGGGAUUUUUUAUGGGGUGGGUGUGAAGAAAGUAGGAAAGUGCAUUGGGUCAGUUGGGAGAUGGUUUGUAAAGCUAGACACGAGGGGGGACUGGGAGUUAAGAGUAUUAGGACCUUUAAUCUUUCUUUGCUCGGUAAAUGGUGGGGAAAGCUUGCUAAAGGAGAGGUGGGGCUGUGGAGUAGGUUAAUUAAGGAAAAAUAUGGUGUUGGGAACGAGAAUUGGAUGUCAUGGGUAAAGGAUGGUAGAGGGGAGGGCUCUAGCUGGUGGAAGGAUGUUUGUAGGAUAGAUGUAUUGGGAGAAAAUAGAAAUGGGUGGUUAUCAAAUGGUUUCGAGAUUAUAUUAGGAGAUGGAGAAGAAGUAAGUUUUUGGUGGGAUUCAUGGUGUGAGGAGGGGGUCCUAGCUCAUAGAUUUCCAAGGCUUUAUAUGCUUUCUGCAGGUAUGGACUAUAAAAUAAAGCAAAUGGGAGUUUGGAUUGAGGACAAAUGGAGCUGGACGUUACCUUGGAGGCGUUUGUUGCUAGACAGAGAAUCCCAAGCAGUAGAGGAAUUAAAAAAGGUGCUGGAAUCAACUAAGCUAUAUCAAGGACGAAAAGAUAAGUGGGUUUGGAAAUUUAGCAUAGAUGGUUGCUACACAACAAGAUCAGGUUAUUCCAAUCUUACUGCCACACAAAUGAAGAGCCAUAAGUAUGUCUUUGGAAGAGUAUGGAAUCCAAAUGCCCCUACAAAGAAUAGAUGCUUCAAUUGGUGGGGUGUUCAAACUGUGUUGGCUAGUAAUAUUUGGGAUGUCUUUAACAACCAUGAGGGUAUUGCAGUGUCCAAACGAAUGAGGAUUGGUUGGGAGAUGGUGUGGUUAGCUCUGGUAUGGACUAUAUGGCUCACUCGAAAUGAGAUUUUGUUCAACAAUAAAAUGGUGGAUACAAACAAGAUAUUUGAUUAUGUCCAAGUAAGGUCCUUUCUCUGGUUGACAAAUAGAGGAAAGGUUUUGAGGUAUGGUUUCUCAGAUUGGCUCCUCAAUCCCCAUCUAUGGAAGGAGAUCAUUUUCUACUCAAUCUUACCAAAAUGCUGGCGAGGGGUUGCAGGUCUUCUUAGAAAUGAAGACUCAAGUUGCGAAGACAACAAGAAAUUGAGGAGGUUGGUGAUUGCCAGUAGGAAGGAGAGACCCAAGAGUGUUGAAGAUGAUGCACAACUACCGUGAGGUGAAGACAAUGGUUUGCGACAUUGGGAGUUGGGAAAUGCGAAAGAGAAUGGUUCAGAAUGGUUCAAAGGGGUGAGAUUAGUGAUGAAAGAUGAUGACGAGCAUAAAUUGGUGAUGGAAAUCGGAGAAUGUUCUUGGUGGCUGUUAAAUCUAGGGUUCCCAAAAGGAGAAGGAUCGGGAGUUUACACUCUUUUCCCCCUUUUUUUUUGUGCUGCUCCCCCCCGCCCUCCCAUAGGUUUU